UCACUGCUUUUUCCUGCGCCAACAUUUCGCAGACUUCACUUUUCUUCUCUGCGUACUUUCUUCUUGGCUUGCUUGCUUGCUUCCUUCUUUGACUGGGCAGUCGGCGUUUAGGUGCAUUUAUGCAGGCACCGGUUCCUCUUCCGAGGCUCCUCAAUGGUGCUCUACAGCCGUCAGCAAGUCGAAUUCCUCAUUUGAGCCUCCACAUUUUCCGGCGGCAGCUUCGACAACCUGUCCACCAUCAGCCGAAAUGGCAUCCUCACCUUUCCCCUGUCCAUCGCCGAUACCAAUCUAGCGCUGUACUUGGAACCUCAUUCUUCCCACUGGACAGCAUAACAAGCCAGGAGGACUACAAUGAUGCGAAUGCAGGUACAGCCGGGCAUGCGACAGCUAGCGCCUCGGUCCCUGAUGUUGGGUCCUCUACACAGUCCUCCGUAAGACACGAGGUGUCUAUGGAGGAGCUACUGGAAGAAAAUAACCCUGAAAGAAUAUUGCUGGGCCUGGUCACACCCUCGAUCGGCGAGGGGUUCGUUCUGAACGCGGACGAUGCGACAUUCACCAAAGCCAUAUGCGCUCUAGAUCCAGACUACUUUAUCGUGCCGUUCAGAGAUAUUCACCGAUACAUUAAACCUACGCUGGAAGUCGGACCUCGAUUCCGCCGUGUUAGAUCUUACGAAGAGCGCAUCAGCACUUUUUAUCAUCUGUUGGACACCCUAGUGACAAUGCGAAAAGACCGGGGCCACAAACUUUCUCUCGAUGUCUAUCGGCAUUUGCUACGUUGUGCAGCCCUUGGGGGGAAUGGUACCAUGGCAAGGAACAUUCUUCGGAAAGUCAUGCCAGACAAUGAUAUCACGCCCGAUGUUGCCUGCUAUAACUAUUUCAUGGAGGCCCUGAACUGGAAUCUGGCCUAUGGUCGGCAUGAGAGGUUCCAUCUCAGAGUUGUCCCCAACCAUACCGAUCUCCGGGCCCGACCAUCCAGACCCAAAGGCUUCCAAGGCCACUCAGUGGCUUCACCAAUGAAUCGGAACGAUGAUCAGUCCCUACGUUUAGAAGUGCUGAGGACUUUCAAUGAGCUCGUCAGACAAGGCCUAAAGGGCGACGAAGCCACUUUUUGCAAUUUGAUAAUUGCCAUGGGUCGUGAGGGUGACAUAUCCAGCGUGAUGAGUGUGCUAAAGUCGGUUUGGAAUAUCGAUCUGGAAGCUUUGGGGAGAUACGACGAAGAAGAAGUCGAAAGUCCAACAUUUUACGAAGCGGAUUCUCCACUACGCCCUACGGAGCGCUUGCUUCAUGCAGUGGUCCAUACAUUCUCUUCCAACAACCAAGUUAAUGUGGCGAGCCGAUUAAUCGAUUAUAUUUCCCGAAACUAUAACAUGCCCAUACCAGACUCUGUUUGGACCCAAUUGCUUGAGUGGACCACUGUCCUGGCUGUGCAAUUGGGAGGCAGAAGAAAGCGAGAUGGCCACACUCUUGGCCGGGUCUCGCAAGAUGGAGUCCAAGCACUCUGGGAUGCCUACCAUGAUGAACCGUACAAUGUUCCAGUCACCAUUGUUGACCAAAUGAUCAAGCUCAAAUGCUCUAUGCGAGGCAAGCAUCUUGACCUUUCUCUGCAAGAGCUUCGCAUUUGCAAGAGACUGCUUGAGGAAGAUCGUACAAUUGUCUCACAAUUAUAUGACCAGAUGCGUGAGCAAUUGACCAAAAAUCACGAGCAGAUUUUUGCAGAUGGUGUGCCAUCGGCGGAAUUCCUAAAACUAAAACGAGAAUUUUUAUUCGCCUCGUUGAAGAUGGACUGCCACAUCCAACUAAUAGCAGUUGCUGUUCGAAUCAUGCUCAAACAGAAACAUUGGAACUUCACCUCGCACAUCGCCGACUUCAGGAAGGUCACAUGGCCACUCCAAUUAGUGCCUGACCUUGUCCGAGAGUGGUCGGAUUUUCUACCAAACAUCAUCCCCUACUAUACACCAACAGGCCAUGUCAUGAUAAGUGGCCAGCAGCAUCGACAUGAUGCUCUUGUAUCGGCCAAUUCGACCCAAACCACCCCGGUCGGUCGGAUGCGUGCAGCAUUGGACACAUACAGCCCUGCUCGCUUGCGGCGUGCGGUUGACCAUGCACAACGUUCUCUCAACAGCAGAGCCAAGUCCGAUACCGAUAAAGAGACAACAAGGAAAGCAAGAGUUGCGGACUAUGGUGAUGAGAAGUAUACAGAUUGGGUCCUUGAAGAAGAGAGAGAAUCACGUGGUGAACGCUUAAACAACCCGUCCUGGGGCACCUUGAACAAUCCUGGCCCCGACUGGCGUGUUGACGAAUGGUCACCAUGGCGAUCGUCGUCAGGGACAGAGGCAAAGGUAUAGGAGGCCUCUGAUAGUAACUUGAGCGAGGAAGAAGCCUAGUCUGACCUUGAAAAAGAAAUCUUGUGUGUAUCUCAAGUGUAGCACAUUUGUAUGAUAUGUAUUCCGAGGCCUCUGUACUCCGUACUAUAGUUUCAAAUAAAAAGAGGCCAUCCAUUCUGCGACUG